UGAACCAAACCCACGAAAAAGUGCGGCCAUUUUUUAUUCUGCAAUUCCCCAAUACCCAUUGAUGGAGGCCCUUCCUAACCUUCACCACCGUCACCAACCCCUAUGCUCGUCGAUCCACUUCUAUUGUCCUUUCCUAACACCAUCAACCUCUUCUUCUCUCUUUCUCUCACCACCUUCGUCAUCACCGCCAUCAUCUUCAAUUAGAGCUUCAUCGUCACCAUCACCUCCUUCAUCUGACCCUCCUCCGCAAAAUCUCCAAUACCCAGAAGCCAAAACUCCUCAGUUUUUCAACCCUCUUCCCACAGUUUCCUCCUUUGACCCUCAUCAGCAAAGUCUCCAAUACCCAGAGGCCAAAUAUCCUCAAUUUUUCGACCCUCUUCGUAAAGUUCCCUCCUUUGCCACAAUAACUGCUGCGUCAGCGUUUCUCUUUCUCGGCCUUCUUCGAAAUAGGUUUAUCAACAAGCCAAUAACAUCACUGUCCUCAAUAGUUUCCAUUCAGGAAGCAUUGGAUGAGAAUAGCAGCCUUAAUGAUUUUCUGGGGUGUAAACCAGAUCAUGUUCAAUCUAUUUUGCACUUGAAGCUCAAAGAGAAAGUCCCUGUUGUGCACAGUUUCAAUAAAACGAAAACUGAUGAUGAAGAAGCUUGGCAAGUGUUGAAAGCACAGGUUUUUAGCUGCAGCGAGGAAUUGGAGUUGGUCAAGAUUGGAUUCGAACAGAUAUUGGAAAAAGACCAGGAUUGUAACAAGGCCUAUCAUGAUUGUGUACUCGAGUACCUGGAAAUGGUUGAUGAAUGUAAGAGCUUGUUGAAGGGUAUUAAGGUGGCAAUGUGUAGAUGUGAGAGGGAGAACGCAGAUAUAAAGCAUUGUCUCAGAUUCUUCAGCAAGCUUGUUGGUCGUAUAAAGGUCAUGGAGGGAGAUAUGGUUGGUGCUUUGAAGCAUUUUAAGGAGCUUGAACAAGAGAAAUUUCAAGCCAGAAUCAACUUCUAUGAAGAAGAAUGUGCCUUUCCUCUGGAUAAUGGCAAGCAAAGGUGAGUAUAACAGGGACCAUAAAAAACUCUAUCCUUUUUAACUGUAUCAUUGCAACAUCUAGAAUAUGUAAUUGCGACAUGCCAUUGGAUGAUUUAAACCUUGUAGUCCCUUAGAAUGUUGUUUAAUAGAGAUUUUUGGGAUACAAUAUCUGUUUAUUAGUCGCAAAUGUUACUUUCACUGAAUUUUCCACAGCCAGGCAUGGAUCUUAUGCAGUUUAGGACCAUCCAGUUUGCAUGAGGUUAGAGUUAUUAGUGGCGUACCCUGAUUCGCCAGAGUUGGACAUGGCUUUUAAUGCAAUUAGAAGUUCCUCCAGUUUGCGCUAUCUCCGUGCCAUUUUAGUUUAUGAAAAUUCAAUAGCUCAUAUUCAGCCGCAACACUUAAUCUCUUAUGGUAAAUUUGACCAUUUCAAGACUGUUUCAUUAUCACUUCUUCAAUCUCAACCACUGCCAACCUACUGAACCUCUGUGUGAGGCAAUGAUGCUGAUACUAACUCAAGCUCUCCAAAAUUAGAUUUUCUU